AUGAGCAAGAGGUAUUACAUGUCGCCCCAGGAGCUGGACAGCCUCUGCAGGUACACGACGCCCAUGGGCCGCUGCCCCAAAAACAGAGUCACGUUGAAGAAGGGCGACGACCGUUAUGAGUCUCGCUUCUGCAGUCUUCACUGUUGUAGAAGGGUGGAGGGCAACUCCGCGUGCAAGAACUUGCGAGCCACUAACAAGGGAUUCUGCCAUCAUCAUCUCCUAUGCACGGGCUCGGUCAACGACCAGCGAUGUACCAACUACGUCAAAAACAACGAUCCGAAAGAUUUCCAGUUCUGUUCGCAGUAUCACAACUGCCUCGAGCCGGGCUGCGCCAACGAGCGUAACCACCCCAACGGCCUCGACUACAAAUACUGCCCCGGCCACCGCUGCGACCACAUCGACUGCCCGAACCGCAAGGCCGACCCGUCCCCGUUCUGCGCCUCGCACACGUGCGCGUCACCGGCAUGCCUCGCCCGCUGCCCCGGCGCCUCGGGCGACCCCAACGACCCGUCCCGGUACUGCGACCGCCACAGCAUGUGCGCGACGGCCGGCUGCCGGCGCUUCGCCCAUCUCGACGAGCAGGGGGUGCCCUCGCGCCACUGCGGCGUGCACUUCUGCCGCUUCGAGGGCGGCUGCGACGCCGAGAAGGCGCCCGGUACCGAGGAAGUCUGCGCCGCGCACGUGUGCGAGGAGGCCGGCUGCAUGCGGGCCCGCACCAACCGCACCGAGCGGUCGCGGUACUGCAAGAACCACGAGUGCGACGUGCGCGACUGCUGGAACCGGAACUGGCUGGGCGAGUUCUGUCCCCGGCAUCAGUGUGCGAGGCUCGGCUGCGAGCUGAAGGGCGAGUUUGAGCACUACUGCGCCAGGCACCGCGCCUGCGCGUCGCCUGGGUGCGAUCGGUUUCGGGUGGUGGACGGGGAGAAUGUCAAGGAGAUGUGCGAGGAGCGUAAGUGUGCCCCUUUUGGAAUCAGUCCGAAUACACUCUUGUUCAUCUCUCGACAGCCCCCUAUUCUUUCGGCCCGGUAUCUUCUCCUUUCCCACCUCGAUCUGCUACCGAGAAUACAAUAA